AUGCCUAAAGCAACAACACCCUCGCGCAGCGCUGCGGCUGCCCGCAGACAUAAUCCUCUGGCGGAGGACAUGACGUCUGUGGGCCAUAUCCGGACCCAACCCAGCAAGAAGAAUAAGCGCAAGUCACAGACGGACGAAGAUGGCGAGCGCUUUGUCGAUGCGAAACAGUCGCGCAAGAUUCUGCAGAUCGGACAGGAACUGGCCGACGAGGAUGCCACUGAGCAAAAGGCUGCAAGAGGAGAGACGGACGGGAAAGUCAACCACGCUUUCGAUUUCGAGUCACGGUUGGAAGGUGACGAACCUGUGUCGGAUGACGAGGACAAGUUCGGAGAGGAUGAAUGGGGUGACGAGGAUGAGGAAGUUGAGCAAGUGGAGGUCGACCCGAAUGACCUUGACGUGUUCAACAAAUUCAUUCCGGCUGGCGACGAAGACCCCAUAUUCAACCCCGGCUCCGGCGGCCAGACUACGAACCUAGCGGAUCUGAUCCUCGAGAAGAUUGCGGAGCACGAAGCAAAGGAAUCUGGCGACAGCGGUUUAAUUCAAGGUGGUGGAUUACCGGAGGAUGCAGUCCAAAUCCCAGCCAAGGCAAUCGAAGUAUAUGAAAAGGUUGGCACGAUCCUGUCUCGCUACAAGUCCGGCCCUCUUCCGAAACCCUUCAAGGUUCUCCCCUCGGUGCCCAACUGGGAGACCCUCCUCGAUAUCACGCGACCGGAGUCAUGGACGGCCAACGCUGUCUAUGCAGCCACCAGACUUUUCAUUUCGUCCAAGGCGGUUGUUGCCCAAGAAUUCAUCUCGAUGGUGCUGCUUGACCGGGUUCGCGACGAGAUCCGCGAGACGAAAAAACUCAAUGUCCACACUUACAACGCACUGCGGAAGGCACUUUACAAGCCGGCAUGCUUUUUCAAGGGCUUGCUGUUCCCGCUUGUGUCGGGCGGGAUGUGUACGCUGCGGGAGGCACACAUUGUGUCGUCUGUGAUUGCACGAGUGUCAAUUCCGGUUUUGCACUCUGCCGCGGCCCUUCUCCGAAUGUGUGACUUGGCCGCGGAGCAAUCGCUCAAGUCGCUGGAGAGCACGGGAGCGGUGAACAUGUUCAUCCGUGCCUUCUUGGAGAAGAAGUACGCACUUCCGUACAAGGUGAUUGACGCGCUAGUGUUCCAUUUCCUACGAUUCCGGGCCAGUGAUAAUGGCGAGGACGCGAUGAUGACCGACGGGCCAUCGGGAAGCGGGGCCAAGUACUACAAGCUGCCAGUGUUGUGGCACCAAUGCCUGUUAGUGUUUGCGCAGCGAUACCGCAACGAUAUUACAGAGGAUCAGCGGGAAGCGCUUCUGGAUCUUCUGUUGGUGCGGGGCCACAAGGACAUUGGGCCGGAAGUGCGACGGGAGCUGUUGGCCGGCCGGGGUCGGGGCGUAGUGGUGCCCGAUCCGGAGAAGCUGAGUGCAUUGGAGGCGGGGGACGACACGAUGGAUAUGGAGUAG